AUGUCGAAGAAAAAUGAAAUGCCUUUAACGUCGAUCCUAGAAGUGGAACUAUUUGAUGUAUGGGGAAUCGACUUCAUGGGCCUAUUUCCACCAUCGGAAGGUCAUCAUUACAUUCUGGUCGUGGUUGAUUAUGUUUCAAAGUGGGUCGAGGCCAUUGCGUGUGUUAAAAACGAUGCAGCAGUUGUGGCAAAGUUUCUAAAGAAGAAUAUUUUCACACGAUACGGAACGCCACGGGCUUUGAUCAGUGAUGAGGGCUCUCAUUUUAUCAACCGCAUAGUUGCAAACUUGAGGACCAAGUUUAAUGUGAAUCAUCGAGUGGCCACUACAUACCACCCACAAACUAAUAGGCAGGCUGAAAUUUCCAAUAGAGAGAUCAAAACCAUCUUGGAGAAGGUGGUUAACACCACCAGGAGAGAGUGGUCAUCUAAGCUUGAUGAAGCGCUAUGGGCCUACAAGACUGCCUAUAAAACACCAAUUGGCAUGUCUCCGUACUCUCUAGUCUUUGGGAAAGCUUGUCAUCUGACACUAGAGUUAGAACAUAAAGCAAUAUGGGCGUGUAAGAAGCUAAAUUUUGAUUUAACCAGCACAAGAAAAGUCUGGAAGUUUCAAUUAAAUCAGUUGAUUGAAUGGCGAAAAGACGUCUAUGAGAAUGCCAAGAUCUACAAAGAGAAAACCAAGAAAUGGCAUGAUGAGCGCAUAAACGACCGGACGUUCACAGAAGGUCAACAAGUACUUCUAUUUAAUGCACGACUGCGACUGUUCCCUGGGAAGCUAAAAUCUCGGUGGUCUGGACCAUUCUGGAUCAAGAUUAUCUUUCCCCAUGGUGCAAUAGAGUUAACAACUUUGGAUGGGAGCAGUGCAUUCAAGGUCAAUGGCCAGCGAAUCAAACCUUAUUACGGGGGAGAUUUUGAUUGGCACAUGGACAACAUUGACUUGGACAAACCAGAUUAA